CCAGCUUAAGCUCCAGAUUAUACCACCAGCCUCACGUCCCACAUUAUAUGACAACCACCACAAAUUCAGCGCCCUGCACAAGAGGAAUUAAGGCAAGGACGCCCGCUUCCAAUGUCGGCAACAAAACUCCUGGUUCAGGUCGUCUGAAGACCCCUGGUUCAGGUCGUCUGAAGACCCCUGGGUCUGCGCCUUCGAGGACCUCUGGAUCUGGACGUUCCAAAACGCCUGGUUCGGGAAUGAGCAGGACACCGGGUUCGGCAGCCAGUAGGACGCCCCGCUCUGCCCAGGAGCUCUCACCAUCAACUAUCGUAGCGGUGGUGGAAGGGCGCGGGCAGGCCAGAGGGGAAGUGGGUGUGGCAGCCAUCGACCUGCGCAGUCCACAGCUCUCUCUUGCCCAGUUCUCCGACACCCACACUUACACCCGCACCCUCACCAAGCUCACCAUCCUCAACCCUCUGGAGGUAAUAGUAGCAACAACUGCGGUGCAGCUGGAUGCCAGGGGCGGCGGUGGAGGCAGCGGGGGCCUGCUGCGGGUGGUGCAGGACUGUGUUCCCAGCGCCUCCGUCACCGCCGUCCACAGGCGCUACUUCAACGACACUCGAGGCCUGGCCAUCGUCAAGCACCUGGCCGCUCCACACUGCGCCUACAUAGAGAGACAUGUCGCCACCAAGUACUACUGUCUGGCGGCGGUGGCAGCGGUGAUGAAGUACGUGGAGCACAUCCAGCACGUCACCUACGCCCCACACAGCCUCCUCGUCUCCCUCUCCUCCUCCGAGAAUACCAUGACCAUUGAGUACUCGUCGUGCCGUAAACUGGAGUUGGUGAGAAGUCUGCGAGGAGGGUGGGAGGAGUCCCUCUUCGGCGCCCUCAGACAUACCAGGACCCCUGCGGGCACCAGGCUCCUCAGGGCUUCCCUCCUACAGCCUCACGCCGACGCCGCCACCAUCACGACCCGCCUCGAUACCUUGCAGUACCUCGUCGAGCACUCAGACCUCUUCUACACCCUGCAGUCAAUACUGGGGCGCUUCCCCGACGUGGACUGGCUGCUCUCUAUGUGUGUGCAGGUGCCGAAAGAGGAGACCGAGCAGCGGUGCGAGCUCCGCCUCAACUACGUCAUAGCCCUGAAGAACACACUCGAGUUACUGGACCCGCUGGCCAACGCCCUCGUUGGCGUCACCGAUCCACUCCUGCUUUCCGUCAGAGAGGCGGUGAGGAGCACGGUACUGAGGGAGCUACUGGAGGUGCUACGGCAGGUACUACACGAGGACGCCCGCCUGGUGAAGGGCGCCGCCGCCAUGAGAACCCAGCGCUGUUACGCCAUCAGGAGCCAUGUUAACGGCCUACUCGACGUCGCUCGCAAGAUCUACUCUGAGAUUAUCGACGAUAUCACAGAGCACGUGGAGAGCACGGGUCGAGAGCAUGGCGUGUGUGCACGGGUCGGCCAUAACGCCGCCAGGGGCUUCCAUAUCACCAUUCCUGUCGCCAAACGGGCCGCCCCUCCUCGUCUCCCAAGCGUCUUCAUCCAGGUGAUGCGCGGACGAGGGUACGUCUCUUGUACCACGGAACACCUGUACCAAUUGGACCAGCGUUCCAGAGAUACGCUCAGGGAGAUCCUCAUCAUGAGUAAUGUGAUCGUGGUGGAGAUGUUAGUGGAGGCUCGGGGUCGCAUGGGGGCCCUUCACGGCCUGGGGGAGGCGGUGGCCACCCUGGACCUCGUGGUGGGGCUGGCGCACGCUGCGGCACUCGCCUCCUGGGUUCGGCCGGAGUUCUCACACACCCUGGCCAUCCGCACUGGGAGGCACCCCAUCCUCGACGUCCUCGCCACACUGCCGCCAGUGCCAAACAACACGUUCCUGAGCCCUGAGAACCGGGUGAUGGUGGUGACGGGACCUAACAUGAGCGGUAAAAGCACUUACCUUCGUCAGAUCGCUCUCAUCCAGGUCCUUGCACAGAUUGGGAGCUUCGUGCCAGCAGAGUUCGCCUCGGUGCGUCUGGUGCGUCAGAUCUACACUCACCUGGGCUCGGAAGACUCCCCGGAAAACAACGCCUCUACCUUCCAGGUCCAGAUGAGCGACGUGGCGCACAUGCUGAGCGGGGCGGGGCGGGAGUCCCUGGUGCUGCUGGACGAGCUGGGCUCCGGCACCAGCGUGGAGGAGGGCGCCGCCCUGGCCUGGGCCAUCAUGGAGGCGCUCAUACACGCCCGCGCCACCACCGUCCUGGCAACCCACGCCCUCUUCCUCACCAGGCUCGCCAACCUCUACCCCUGUGUGGCCAACUACCAUCUGGAGAGUGAGGAUGGCGGGUCGGGGCGCCUGCAGCUGACACACGUCGUCCGCAAGGGCGUGACUCGGGCCACCAACUACGGCCUGGCUAUGGCCGCUAUCACGCCCAUCCCGCCAACGGUGCUGCAACGUGCACACGCCCUCGCUCUCACCAUGACACCGCCCACACAGGUAGCGGCGGAAGAGGAGAGCGAGUGGAUCCGGCAGCGAGCAGUGCAUCGCUUGGCUCACCGCUUGCUGGCUCUGGCUCAGGCGACGUCCUCGGCAGACAGUUCUCUCCACACGCCUGGCUCUGGGGGUAACCAUGAACCCGAGGACCGUAUUCCUGCCACUCGAGACUACUCUUCGGCCCACAUCACACCGCUUCCUCACCUCGCCCAUGUCUCGCAUAAUGGCGGAAACCAUGCACCCGUGGAGUCCAAUGCAGAAUCGCGCGAUACGAAUGAAGAAUCUAAUGUCAGGGAUGGAGAGGCAUUUAGUGGGAGUGAUGCUAGAGACAAGGAGUUGAAGGUGCAAUUAGAGGCACUUCUUGAAGAAUUUUUGGCACAAGCGGUACAACCAGAAUCGAAUCUUAUGUCUGUGGAUGAUUCAGACGUACCAACCGAGCCGUAAUCCACACGGUUAUGAAUAUCCAGCUAACCGUCCUCAAAAUAUUAGCCAAAUCUCUUGAAUUUACCAAUUGUUCCGUUCUAUCAGGUUGAUAAUUUUUUUGUUUAAAAGGGCUUAUACAAUUAUUCUGAAGGUUUUCCAAAAAUGCUUCAUUCACUUCCAAUGUUAAGAUUCUUUCACUAAAUCCUUUAUCUAUGUACUGCAAUGUUUUUGUAUAUUAUAUAUAUUCUGUAUAUGGGUACCAUCUCUGGUGCAAUUAAUGGAACCUAUUGCCUUGAAGUAGGGAAUAAAGAGCAUUCAGAGAGAGCGUUUGAUUAUAAAUGCGCGCGCGCGCGAGAGAGAGUGAG